UGCCACCUACUAAAGUGUCCGUCCCAAAUUGUACACAACUGUAAUGGAAGGCAGCGACAACCGAGGCAGGGGAGGCGGCUGGAGGAGAGGCGGCCGGGGUGGACACGACAGCGACGGGCGUGGCGGAGAGCACAGAGGCCGGGGGAGAGGAAGCCACCACCGCGGCAGAGGCAAACGCGACCACCGGGGACGCGGACGCGGUGGAGGCUACCAUGCAGCGGCUGCAGACUUCCCUCGGCGGCAUCACGACGAGGCCGAGGACCCCAAAGAGGAAGAUGACGGGACGGCGGUGUUCUCCAGGAGAAAGUUGGAGUCCAACUGGGACCGCUACGAGGAGACGGAGCGGGCGCAGGAGGCCGACGACAUGCCGUCUCAGAGAGGAACGGACUUCCACGUGCUGCUGGAGUCAGCAGGGGAUUCAUUCACUCAUUUCCGGUUUGCAGAGGAGAAGGACUGGGAGAUGGACCUGUUCACAACCAGUCAGACGUCAGGAGUGUUUCUGGACCUCCAGGCCCUCACCCAGAGUCUCCAACAAGUGCCUAUCCAUCAAAGACUGAAUCUAGAGGCUGAACUGGUUCAGGUCUCGACACCAGUAGAGCUGCCAGCUGUGAGCCUAGCACUAAAGCAGGAAGUGUCCAAAACGGAGAAGUUCCCUCCUCCGUCUGCGGGCUUUAAAGUCCUCAGCACAAAUGAGAAACCCCCCGUGACUCCAGCGGUGGGCUUAGACUCGCAGGUCCCCUCUGCAGCUGUUAAGCCUGUGGAAGAAGACGGCGAUGAAGAGCUAGAUCAUCUACUUGGUUUACAGAAACCCGCUUCAAGUGACGCAGAACACCAGCUGAUCAGCGGUCCUGAUGAGGAGAGAGGUUCUCCAGAGAAAGGGGUUGAAGAAGUGAAGGAGGUCGUAUCGGAGGUGACUGAAGAAAAAACUGAAGACGACAUUGUUACCCCUCCAAAGUCUGCGUCUGUCAAAGAGACGAUGACCGAGGAGGAUCUGGAGGACUGGCUCGACAGCAUGAUCUCCUGACCACGAAGAAGGUGCAUGAUUAAAGAUCAGAGGUAAAACUGGACAGUCUGCUCGAAAAAAAUGUAAAGUUUACAAAAAAAGUAACGAAGACGAGUGUUUCUUUCAAACACUGGUUUUCAUCAGUGGUCCGCUUGGCUGAAGACAGAUGGCAUGCUUCUGUCUCUGAGUGUGACUAGAGGACAGUACGUCCAAAUCUUGGCAUAAAAUGUCUGUUUAGCACAGUUCCUCUGUCAGCUGCAAAGGAUUUAUAGUAAAAAAAAAAAAAGUUACAGAAGACAUGAUAUUGCAUCAGUUUAUUAAUUUCCCCCCUUCAUCAAAAGAAAUGAAAUCUUCCGCAUCAACUAAAUACGUACAAAUGGCCAUACAGUGGCAGUCAACCGUUCAGCCAAUAAAUCAUUUAACCAUGUUUUAUAAGUCUCUGCUGUGGGGUUCAUCUACUGUGGAAAGAGGUGCGGGGUGGGUGGGACACCACCAAACUAAGCAACAUUUACACAAGAAAUGUCUAGAUUUUAUACACCAAAUGUAUUACUUUUUUUUUUUUGUUCAUUUAAAAGCCAAAAAAAAAAAAAUCCCGAUGUAAAUCUGCUUGUGAUAAAGACCAGAACUAGAGCACUGCUUGUGUUAAGAAGGAACAAAGAGACAUUUUUUUUUUUGCAUAGUUUUUCCAAAAGGCACGUUGGCACUUGAUAAACACCUAAACAGAGUCAUCUCUGGUCAAGAAGGAACCACGAUCAUUUCAUUACACGCUUUGAAAGGUGAAUAAUCGGACGUUAACUCAAUCGGCAUCGAUCAUCUCCGGGAGCAAACAUCCACUCGGCUUUGCGGUGACGCAAAAGGUCCUGACAAGAAGUUGUGCACGUACGGACGUUCAGUGGCAUGCUGUAAGCCUCAACGCGUCUCAGACGUCUACACACAACACAUUGUGUAAGUAGUUGAGUUUAAGCAAGUUAAAAGGCAAUGUGAUUCAGAAUCAAAGGAAGGUUGCAUAAAUGAGGUGGCAGGAAGUAAAAGGAAUUUUAUGCACAAAUCCAGAGCGUCCAGUCAUGAGUACAGUAAAAGAUGUGUUCGGGUUCUGUUAACAGGGCGACGUCACGUAGGGAUGGGUGUAGGGGGAGGCGCCGGCUGUGGCCGCCCCCCCUCCUAACCCAGCUGGUCCUCAUAUUGUUUACGGAAGCAGUCUCCUGUAGGGAAGAAGUCCCAGCAUCUCUCCUGGUACAUCUUCCACACAUACGACUCCUGUAAGAGGAAGCCAGAUUGCAAAGUGUUCAUAUUCCUUAAACCAAUUCACAUUGUUCCUGACAGACAAAUGUAAAAGUGGAUGGAAAAUUAAAGAGUUUAUUUUUUGCUAUACAAAAUCUCAUAUUUUUAUCCAGCUUACUCUAAUUGUUACUUUGUAUGGUAGAGAUCUGGCUAUGUUCUGCAUGUAUGAAUGCUUUUGUAAGUUACUGUAUGAGAUAUGACAGUGUGUCUGAUUAUACCCUUAUCCUAUUAAAGAAAUUCUCUGCAAACUUU